AGGUGACAGUAAAAGUGAAACCCGAAGACGUUCCGCUAAACCUUCGCGCCCAUGACGUCACCACCCACUCGAUGACACUUUCGUGGUCUCCUCCAAUCAGACUGAACCCUGUGAAGUACAAAAUCGCCUAUGAUGCCAUCAAGGAGUUCGUCGAUUCCCAGGGCAUCACCCAAACGCAGAUCAUCCCCAAGUUGGAGAUUGCGUUGAGUAGUGAUGUGAGGUCGUACACAAUCAAUGAGUUGUCACCGUUCACGACGUACAGUGUCAAUGUCAGUGCUGUGCCGGCUGAUAAUUCGUACUUGCCGCCUACUAAGGUGACGGUUACGACGCAGAUGGCUGCUCCCCAGCCUAUGGUGAAACCAGACUUCUACGGCGUGGUGAACGGCGAAGAAAUCCACGUGAUUCUGCCGCAAGCAUCUGAAGAAUACGGACCAAUUAGCCAUUACUUCCUAGUGGUAGUGCCAGAAGACAAAAAGACAAUCCAAAAGAACCCCGAUCAAUUUUUAACCGACGAACUGAUCACUAACGUAGAUAAGGUUAAGGAUAACUCCAACUUGCCUUACAUUGCAGCCAAGUUUCCUCAGAGGAAUAUUCCAUAUACUUAUCAUUUAGGUACUGGAGAAGUGAAUGACGGUUUUAUAAACCACAAACUACAACACGGCAAAAGGUACCGAAUUUUCGUUCGAGCUGUAGUAGAUACGCCUCAGAAACAUUUAUACACCAGCAGUCCAUUUUCUGAGUUCCUGUCGCUGGAUAUGCGAGAAGUACCACCUGGAGAACCACCAUCCAGGCCGGAUCCUAAUACGCCAUCUGUCGAUGUUAGCAAGGUGAGCUCCCAGAAGAAAGACGCAGGCGUCUUUUGGAUAAUUGGACCCAUAAUAGCAGCGCUUCUGUUAUCGAUAAUUUUAGUGAUAUUGUUCAUACUGCGUAAGCGAAGACAACCAUGUAAGACGCCUGAUCAGACAGCUGUUACCCGUCCUUUGAUUCAAGCGGAUCUCAAUAGCAGUAUUGCUCCUAGCGAUCCGGUUGAGAUUAGAAGGUUGAACUUUCAAACUCCCGCGAUGAUCUCGCAUCCACCUAUCCCGAUCUCCGAACUAGCAGCUCACAUCGAACAGCUGAAAGCGAACGACAAUCUCAAAUUUUCUCAAGAAUACGAGAGCAUCGAACCCGGCCAAACGUUCACUUGGGACCAUUCAAAUAUGGAUGUGAACAAACCAAAGAACAGAUAUGCGAAUGUUAUAGCGUACGAUCAUAGUCGAGUGAUACUGCCUAGCGAGAAUGGGGUGCUAGGCACGGAUUAUAUAAAUGCGAAUUAUUGUGAUGGAUAUAGGAAACAUAAUGCGUAUGUGGCUACCCAGGGACCUUUGCAGGAAACCUUUGCGGACUUUUGGCGCAUGUGCUGGGAGUUAAAAUCCUCCACGAUUGUAAUGAUGACCAAACUGGAAGAACGCACCCGCAUCAAAUGUGAUCAAUACUGGCCAACACGUGGUUCGGAAACCUACGGCGCGAUGAGCGUGACCAUCACUGAUGUCCAGGAGUUGGCUACAUACUGUAUCAGGACCUUCCAGAUCCAUAAGGAAGGCCACAGUGAAAGGAGGGAAGUUAAACAGUUGCAGUUCACGGCGUGGCCCGAUCACGGAGUGCCUGAUCAUCCGGCACCUUUCUUACAAUUUCUGAGGAGGGUCAGGAGUUUGAAUCCGCCUGAGGCAGGGCCGAUUAUCGUGCAUUGUUCGGCCGGUGUUGGAAGGACAGGUUGUUUCAUCGUGAUCGACUCGAUGUUGGAGCGCAUGCGUCACGAAAAGACGGUGGACAUUUACGGCCACGUGACAUGCCUGCGCGCGCAACGCAACUAUAUGGUGCAGACGGAAGAUCAGUACAUCUUCAUACAUGAUUCAUUGUUAGAGGCGUACGUGUGUGGACAAACUGAAGUGCCGGCAAGGAACCUGCACGCGCAUAUACAGAGGUUGAUGCAACUUGAGCCGGGCGAAAAUGCGUCUGGCAUGGAGCAUGAGUUCAAGAGGCUCAGUAAGAUUAAGACUGACUCAACGAGGUUCGCUACAGCUAACCUACCAUGUAACAAGCACAAAAAUAGAUUGGUGAGUAUAAAAUAUUUAGUGAAAAGAUACAUAACAUGA